CCUGGCAAAUGUUGUCACCACCAGUUCAGUUCCCCUCCCUCAUACCUCCCUACCUUACUGUCACAGUCUCUUUCCAGAGCAGACUGCUAACUCCUCAGAGGAUAUAAGAUACACUAAUGGAGGGCCUUGGAAGAAGGACCUUUAUCGCUCUGUGCCUCUACACUGCACUACUUACUCUCUCAGUAAACUCAGAGAUCGUCCAUAUUCCGUCCGUGCUCUAUGGCGUCAAAGGGAAGUCCCUCCUCCUCUCCGUGGAGACUUACUUCCGAUUGGAGGACGUUGAGAUCCAGGGCAGCUGGUACCAGACCCGGCCGGGGGGCCCCAAAACCCUGCUGGUGACCUUCCACAACCACACCGCCAUCAUGCUGGCCUCGAUGAGACACAGGAAGCGCUACUUUUUCCAGCCCCCCAACGCCUCUCUCCUGAUCUCCAGGCUGGACGAGGCGGCGGAGGGGGACUAUCAUCUGGACCUGGACAUUCACUUCCCCCAGAGACAGGAGCUCGUCAGGGCCGAGAGGACCGUCCACGUCACCGUCGAUGUACCUGUGUCCACUCCAGUUAUCCAGAAGACACCAUCUUCUACAGUUGUUGAGGACAAGGAGAACGUGACAUGGACCUGUAGGGUGGAGAACGGAACCAGGGUUCAGUACCAGUGGCUGAGGAACAACAUGCCCCUAGAUAUUAGUGAUCGCCAUCAGUUUUCCCAGGACAACUCUACUCUGGUGAUAAGCCCUGUGAGGAAGAAGGACAUUGGACAGUACCGCUGCCUGGCCAGGAACCACAUCAGCCAGAGACAGAGCCACACCCUGGACCUCAGUGUCUUCUAUGGCCCCUACAACCUGGCUGUGAAGUCUGACCAUGGUCUGCGAACUGGGGAGGUCUUCACAGUGAACCCUGGUGAGCUGGUGUUCUUCGACUGCCAGGCCGACUCCAACCCUCCCAACAGCUGUAUGUGGAUCUCUAAGACCAACAACGCCACUGAGGUCAUCACUGUGGGACUGCGCCUGGAGGUCACCUCCUACAAGCUGGCCCAGGCCGAGGAGUUCCUGUGCAGGGCGUUUAACAAUGUGACCCAGAAGCAGGACGAGACCCAGUUCACCCUGGUGGUGGCCAGCCUGGGGACAGGAAAGGAGAGAUAUGUCCAGGAGAGCAGAUCAUUCUCUCCUCUGGCUGCCAUCACUCUGUCCUGUCUGUUCAUUAGCUGUAUGUUACUGGUCUACUUCAGAAGGAGCUGUCAUCAUCCCAAGAGAGUUCUCAUGAACAUCUAUAACAGACCUUUGACAGAACAGAGACGCCCACACCGUUCGGGUCAUGAGGAUGCAACAGAAGACUUUGGCAUCUAUGAGUUUGUCUCUAUACCUGGGAAAAUGGAAUCUACACAGGCAUCCAGCAGAUCUCUGGCACACCUAGAGUCUGUCCAGGAUUUGCAUACCACCAUCUAUGAUGUCAUCAGGCACAUCCCUGAAACUUCCACGCUGGCUACCCAGAGUCUGCUGGGAAAGCAGUGUGAAGGUUAACCAGAGUAUCCCAAAUUGCAUCCCAAAUUGAACUCUAUUUCCCUAUAUAAGAAUAUAUAUAUAUAUUCCGAGUUUCGCAGCGGUCUAAGGCACUGCAUCUCAGUGCUAGAGGCGACACUACA